AUGUUAAAACUAAAUAGUAGUGGUAUUACAAAAUAUAGAUUAUCAAUAUUAAAAGAACAAUAUUAUAAUAUUAAAUCAUUUUCAAAAUCAUCAAAAAAUGAUAUAGCGAUACCUCCAUCUCAAGAUGGCUUAUUAAAUAAAGUGGGCUCAAAAGAACAAAGUCCAAAGAAAGAAAGAGUGGCUACAAUCAAAGGUUGGAGUGAGGCAGAAAAAGAGCUUGUAAAGACUGGAAUGGAAAAAUUUGGAAAAAAAAACUAUCAGGCAAUUCAAGAAUUUGUUGGCACAAAAAGUUAUGUCCAAUUAGUUAAUUAUAUGAUGAGCUUUAGUAUAGCUGAACAAAAGCUUAUUGAAAAACAAAGAUUAGCGGAAGAGGAAAUUAAAAAGGAGGAAGAAAGAAAACUAGAGGAGCUCAGAGUUAAACAACCCUUAUUGGUUGGAAAAUACGAUAUAUUCGAUUUUGAAACCAAAAAAGAAUCAGAUAAGAUGCUUGUAUCUAUGCCCACAGUUUUUCAAAAGAACAGGGGAAGAAUUAAAAUUUUUUAUGAUCAAAAUAUGACAAAAGCCCAAUAUUUCAAACCAUAUAUCGAAUUACUUUCAGAGAAAUCAGAUGUUAAAAUUCUUUAUUACGCUAGAAUUGCAAAAACUCCAGUCCAUUUCAUAGAGAGUGAUAUUGAAUUAACAAGCAUGUUUUCAUUUGAAAAAAAACAAAGUCAACUUUAUUUAUUUAAUUUUCUUUCAAAAUACUUAGGUUUUAAAUCACUUAAUGAUUGGUUAAAGAUUGAUAAUUCUAUAAUUAACAAAUAUCUUUUGGAUAGGGUUUUACAGAAUUAUGGUGGUUCUUUGGAGCUUUGUUUACUAGAGUUAUAUCCUAAUCAUCCUUGGAUAUUCCCAACUUUCAAAAGAACAAAGGAUUUACUAGUUUAUAUUAAAACCAAACGUUUAAAGGAUUCAGGUUAUUUAAAUGAUGAAAAAAUCAAAUUAUUAUCAGGCGAAACAGAUUUAGAGGACUUUAUUAAAACUAUACCGAGUAAUAUUUUAAAAAAUAUAUUCCCUCCUGUUAUAUAUCAGACUUAUUCUAAAAAUGUUUUUACAAAAGAAAUGUUAUUGAAGAGACAUUUAAAAUAUAAAUACAGUGAAGGAAAAGAGGAGCAACAACCAACAGAGGAACAUCAGCAACAACCUGAUGAUCCAGAAACAGUACAACAAAAACUACAAGAGAUAUCUAGAAGAAAUAAGGUUACAAAAGAGCAAUUAUUGAAGGGUAUUUAUUUCGAAUCAGAGGAAGAAAAGAACAAAGCUUUAAAGUUUAGCAACAAUGUUUAUCAAGUUGAAGUUGAAUCAAACCCAUUUUUCAAAGUCUCAGCUCGUUUAAAGGAUCCUUUUUCAAAGAUCAAAUCCUUUGAUCCAACAAUUAAUGUUUUAAUGUUUAAAGCACUUAACACCAGAUUAAAAACAAGGCCACAUUAUGAAGACUUUAUUAAAAAAGUUACUUCAAGAUAUAACAUUAACUCGUCAAAGGAUUGGUACAAUUUAAAAUAUGACGAUUGGCUUAGAGAAAACACACUUCCAAAUAGUCAUAGAGAAUAUUUAUUUUCGAGUUUAGAAUCACAAAUCCCAGGUAUUGAGUUAAGAGGGUUCAAAGAUAAACAUUUUGUAGAUUGUUUCUUCUUAAGCGAGGCAAGAUUAAAGGUUAGAGAAAUUCUAUGGAGAAUUGUUAGAGAACAAUUUGGUGAAAAAGCAACUUUAGAAGAUUGGUACAACUUAGUAUUUAAAGACUUUAAACAAAAUGAUAAGGAUGAGCUUAAAAACAUUUCAAAAUUUUCAAGUAUUCGUUUGGACCAUUACAGUGCUUUCGCUUAUCCUUAUUAUGACUGGAUUUUAACUAAAUUCACUCAUUUCGAUCAAAAUUCAAGAUCUCCUUAUUCAAUUGAAAAUAUUUUUAGAGAUGAUACAGAAAUGAACAAUUUAGAAGACUUUUAUACAACAAAUCUCGAAAAGGUCACCUCAUAUUUUUCAAACUUUUCACUCUAUAGAGUUGCAUCCAAAAAAUUCCUUCAGGAUAAUGUGUAUUUAUUCAAAUUUACUCAGUUUAGAGAGUCUGAAUUCAAAAGUUCAAAUCCAAAUACCUUAUACAUACAUUCAGAAAGAUUUUAUCAACAUUUAGUUAGCACAGAAAAUUUAGAGCAUCCAUUGGAUUUCAUUCAUUUCUAUUUAAACAAUCGAAACAAUAUUAGCGCAAGCCCAACUUUCAUGGAAUAUGGUUUACCAUUAAUAUUAAAAUCAUAUUUUGGUAUAGAACCAAUAAUUAAAGCAAAUGAUUUAUCUGAGGGUAAUAUUAGGGAACUCUACAAACUUUUCGAUAAAAAUAUUAAAGAGGAAAAAGAUGUUUUAAAAUUAAGUUUUUCAAAAUUAAUAAAAUAA